CAAAUACAUAACAACUGUGCGUAGUCAGAAAUAGCUUUUAUACUGGUUUUCUUGAGUUAUCAUCUCGCCUGCACUAGGCAGUCAAUAGGAAUAGCAACACGGCGCGCAAAGCUAUCCACUUUAUGCCCUUAUCAGUACUGUCAGGACAUUAUCACCUCGAUAUCGUUUCCUAAAACAGGUGCCGUUCAGUUUAUAUUGAUGCAAAUGAACAGUGAAACGAAGCAACGCGUAAAUAUGCAAAACAUGAAGUUCACGAAGACGGAGGCGGAGUAUAACCUGAAGUCGAUCAGGUUUCUGCUGCUCACCAUCACAACUAUGUUUAUUAUAGUAGCAGGCCUGAUGGUGGUUCUCGGCUUCUCCGUAUACUCGGAGUACCACGAUUUCUCCUUCUUCUACGGCGCGAAGGGCGGUCGCUUCGUCACCCUGUCGGCGCUGUCGGUUUUCAUCGGCAUGGUGCUGCUGGUGGUCACCUCAUUCGGGUUCUUCGGCAGUCUUAAGCAGAGCACGUGCUUGGUCAAUUUGUACGCUUUCUUCCUGAGUCUCAUCCUAAUCGUGAUGCUGGUGGUGGUGAUCCUGGCCUGCACUCUGGACUCCUCAACCGUGAUGAAGUACUUCUCCAUCCCCAUAUCCGAGUACACCGCUGAUCCUGAGAUCCAGGCUGAGAUUGAUUCGCUGCAGUAUUCGCUAAACUGCUGCGGCAGCGACUCCUACCUGGACUACCUGAACACCGAGUUCACCAGCAACCACUCCACCGUCAUCACCACCAAGGAGACAGAUGGCGACAUCGUCACCAUGGUCGUUCCUGCCUCUUGCUGCUCAAGUGCUGUGGAUAUUAUCUGCACGAGGCUUAGAACCAAUAGUUGCAAGGAUGCGCUGGUCAACAUGGUUAUUCAGAACUCGACUGUUAUUGGAGUUCUGGGUGUCUCUGUGAUGUUUAUCAAGCUCCUUGGCAUCAUCUUCGCUCUCCUUCUGGCCCGCUGCAUCCGCAAGAAUAAGAGCGAGCGGGCGCUAAUCCAGUGGAAGAUUCGCGAGCAGAUGAUCCUCGCGCGCCAACACACUGAUGAGUGCAAGGCUGGUCACACGGGCCUUAUGAUGGUGUCUUUGGAGCAACCCACUUCUAGCAACGCAUAAACUGUUUUCAAAAUCACAAUAAACAUCAAACGGCUUUUACUUUUAUUACCAAAUAGCGAGGUGCCCCGGCUUCGCACGGGUAACGCAAAAUCUUAACAAAUUAUACACCUAAACCUUCCUCAAGAAUCACUCUAGUUAUCGAUAAACUCGAAAACUACUCUACUCCGUUCAGUAGUUUUCGAGUUCAGACGCGGCGGGGGACUAUGUUUUAUAAGGUGUAGUGAAGUCAACCUCUAGAGUCUAGGUAUUUGUGGUUCCUCCCAACCUGGGUAAAAGGUUCAAAUUUCUAUGAUUCUAGUAAGAGGCUUAUAAUAAUCGGAACGUAAAUGUCUACUUUUUAGCCGACAAUGAAAUUUCCCGCUCCGCCUUGAAGGUUAAAAUGAACCACUAUAAUACAUUAUCUUUACACCUACCAGAAUUAUGCACAAUCUACUCACAACUAUAGCAAAAUAUCUGAGGGCCUAUCGCGAACCACGAAGUUUUGCCUCUCCGUCGCACUGACGUAUGAAUUUACAAGUGCGAUAGAAAAGCAAAACUUCGUUUCUGGUUCGCGGUAAGCCCUCUCUCUUUACUAAAUUCAAUCAACUGUAAAAAUGAUAAAAUAAUAAAAAAUAUAGCGGUACAAAAUGUGGAAGUGAGGGACAGUUAUAAAGUAAUGGAAUUGUAAAUAUUAUGGUAAUUAAGUCCCAUGUCUAAUCCUUUAUUGCGGAUGUUCUUAUCAAGGGACCAGCGUAACAUACAGUAUUUGGAAAUGAGGUUGUAAUUUAUUGGUAUUUUUAUGUGUAAAAUAAAAUAUUUGAAUAAAUAAGUUCCAUAUUAGUUUUAUAAUAUUGUAGUCCUUGUGUAUAGCAUUAGGAACAUUUAGAUUGUAUCCUGGUCAUAAAUAUGUGAACAAGACUAAAAUUAUGCUAGAAAUGUAUUGAUUGCACAAAAGUUUGUGGUUUUUUUUAAAUGCAACAUUUAAUAUGAGCACAGUACAAUAAAAACACCAAUAAAGAAGAGAUUUUACUAUUCAAGUCGAGAAUGUUGCGUAGUUUAUUGGUUCUAGCAUCAAUAAAGGGAAAUAAAUUA